AUGAUUUAUCUCCCUCGUGAUGACCUUGGGUCGGAUACGGCGGGGACGCUGGGGGCGAACGAUUUCACCUUUUGCCACAUCAAAGUUGUGAAUUCAGUAGAUGCAGAUGACAGACAGAACAUACAUACUGCAGACUCCAUAAGCAGUAACGCAACUUCCUUCUUGGUCAAUGGUAAAGUGUAUGGACGAGACAUAGAGUUCAAUACACUCAGACAACUGUUGUUGAAACCUUCUCUUGGUUCGGGAUUCAGCAAUGGCAGCCUGUCUUUCAUAAAAAUUUUGGGGGAUGAAGGCGUCGGAAAGACAACUCUGGCUCAGCGACUAUACAGCGAUACGAGCAUAACGGAAUAUUUUCAGUUGAAGAUCUGGGUCUAUCCAUCAGAAAACUUCAACGGGAAAAGAAUCACCAAAGAGAUAUUGCAGUCUGCAAAUAUCGACACUCCUGAUUGUAUGAAUUUGGAUAUGCUUCAAGUUAUGGUUAAGAAGAAGAUAGCAUCAAAAAGAUUUUUGAUUGUCCUCGAUGACCUAUGGAAUAAGGACCGACACGGAUGGGACAUGCUUUGUGCAUCACUAAGCUCCGGAGUGCCUGGCAGCAAGGUGCUCCUGACAACUCGCUUUCCAAGGCUCCCAACUGUGGCUUCCAAUGAAUGUGCAUUCCACCUAAAUAGAAUGGACGAAGAAGAGUUCCAGUGA